GGCCGGCGCAGCCCGAUGGAGCGCGGUGGCGGCAUUGGGUCAGGAGCCCGAGCUGAGGUGGCUACGCGGGGCACCUUGCUCCUGGGAAGGUUGGGCGAACCCAGCGCGGUGCGAACCUCGCCUCCCAACCAACGGCCACCUGGUAUGGAUGGAUUUUUAAAAUCAGAUGAGAGACAAAGAUUAGCCAAAGAAAGACGGGAAGAAAGAGAGAAAUGUCUGGCUGCCCGGGAACAACAGAUUCUGGAGAAACAGAAAAGAGCCAAGCUCCAAUAUGAAAAACAAAUUGAGGAACGAUGGCGAAAAUUGGAAGAGCAGCGUCAGCGGGAGGAUCAGAAGAGGGCUGCUGUGGAAGAGAAGAGGAAGCAGAAGCUCCGGGAGGAGGAGGAGCGGCUGGAGGCGAUGAUGCGCCGGUCCCUGGAGCGCACACAGCAGCUGGAGCUGAAGAAGAAGUGUGCAUGGGGAACAUCCCUGGCUGCAGGGCCUGGAGGACGUGAUGCAGGUGACAAACUUUCAACAUCAACUAUGAAUUUGCCAAAGCAGACGGAGCCUCCCAUGAGUAAGCGCCUGUCUUCAUCCACUGCGGCAAUAUCCUAUUCCCCAGAUCGAGCUCAUCGCAUGCACCUUAGUUCCAUGGAAAGCUUUCUUGUUAUGCGACUGUUGACACCCACACAGGCUUCUUUAGCCAGAAGCAGAAGUACACUCAUGUUCUCUGAGCAGGCCAGUGAUUCAGUGUUCCCUACCUGUCCUCGUUUAGCUCCUGCUGGCCCUUUAAAAUCUUCUUACAAAUAUUCUCCCACUCGAACAAUUGAGAAGAAGGCUAUAUCUACAUCUGGCGUUGGAGAUGCUGAGAAAGGAGCCCCCGCGGGAGCAGAGGCCUUCCCGGUGGACAAGGUGAAGAGAGGGCAACGAGUGACAACUUCGGUUCCCACCAGUGGCCAUGGAUCCCCUCUGAGAAGAUAUGAUUUUCCAAAAGGAAUUUCUGAGAGGCCAUCUUCUCCUGUGAUAUCCAAGACAACUUCAAAAGCAUAUCCACCAUCUCCAAAAACGAUGAAGCCACCAUACCUAGGGUCUCCCGUGAGGUACCGCUUUCCUGCCCUUCCCAGCCAAGAAGUGCUCAAGAAGAAAGCAGAGAAAGAGAAGAGCAACAAGGAAAGGGAAAAUGCCUUGGGUCAGCAGGUGGCUGCCCUGCACAUAGAGGAUGCCCCAGAGAAACACAUAGCAGAUAAGCAUUCCAGCGAGAAGCACGUGGCCGACAGGCGCACCAGCGAGAAACAUGUGGCCGAUAAACGUGCCAGCGAGCAGCACGUGGCUGAGAAACACAUCAGUGAGAAGCACAUCGCAGACAAGCAUGCAGGAGGAAAGGCCGAGACUAGCACAGCCUUGGGGAAGCCCACAGCAGGCACCACUGAUGCAGGAGAGGCUGCAAAGAUCCUGGCUGAAAAACGGCGACAGGCCCGGCUGCAGAAAGAACAGGAGGAACAAGAACGACUCGAGAAGGAAGAACAAAACAGGCUGGAGAGAGAAGAACUGAAAAGAAAGGCAGAAGAAGAAAGGCUUCGCCUAGAAGCAGCAGCCCGUAAGCAGGAAGAGGAAAAGAAGCAGCAGGAAGAAGAGAAAAGAAAGGCGGGAGAGGAAGCCAAGCGGAAGGCUGAGGAGGAGCUGCUGUUGAAAGAAAAGCAAGAACAAGAAAAGCAAGAAAAAGAAAAGCAAGAAAAAGCCAUGAUUGAAAAGCAGAAAGAAGCAGCAGAAGCAAAAGCCCAGGAGGCAGCUAAGCAGUUGCGUCUAGAAAGAGAACAGAUCAUGCUGCAGAUUGAGCAGGAGCGACUGGAGAGAAAGAAGAGGAUAGAUGAAAUCAUGAAGAGAACAAGGAAGAGUGAUGUAUCUGUAGAAGUAAAGAAAGAAGAACCCAAAAUAGAGAUUCAGCCUCCUGUGUAUGUGGAAAAUAAGAUAAAACCAGUUGUCCCCAACAAAAUAGAAAUCAGUGGGUUGAACACCUGCCAGGAAGUUGAUGGCAUAGGGCACACUGCCCCAGAAACUUUUCCUCAAGACAUUUUCUCAAAUGGGAUUAAACCAGUUGGGGGACUCGUCCUUCUGGAUGCCCUUGAUGGAAAAUCAAACAGUUUAGAUGAUUCAACUGAAGAAGUUCAGUCUAUGGAUGUGAGGUGGUGUUUGGAAGCUGUGAAGCUCCUUGUGUCAUCUGAAGAAGCUGCUGUCAUCCUUAACCUCUGGAUUCCCAGCUAUUAGAUGGGAAUGUAACUGUCUUCCUAGGUAGUAUGUCAAACACUGGCCACUCUUGGUAGAAACCUUGAGACUUCCGCCUUGUUGGGCUUUAGCAGUUUCACUUUACAGUACUAUUUACAAGCUUCUGCUGCUGCUAAGGCACUUCCUGUACUUCUCUAUUAUGGUAGUGCUCUCUGAAUAACCUGAGUGAUUCGAGCUCAGAAAUCCUCUUUAUAGCCAUGCUUCUUCCCAAAGUUGGAGCACAUCAACAUUUAGAUGUCUUUUUCCAUAAAAUAUUCUAGACAUUUGCCCAAACUCUAGUUAAAGAUAUACUCAACUUGGGCUGCGUAUCUCCCUGUCUUUGUUUAGAAGGAGACAUUCAGGAGCUUUCUCCCCUCCCCUAAGCUGCGUUGGCAUGGGGGUUUCUCUGUUGAAAGGUGCCAUCAAGAAGCCUUUUUUAUUAUUAAGCUUUGCCACCUGCAAAAUGCAUUGCCUCACAUUACUCUUUUGGGGGUUAAAGUAAUAAGUCUGGUUGAGUAAGGAAGUAAGCAGUAUGUAAUAAUUUCUGUUCUCUUAGGUAUAUUCUUAUAUACAUGGGCAACUGAAUCUAGCCAGAAGCCUUUCAUGUCACACCUAAAAAUCUGCAAGCUGUAGUCCCACACUAUCAAGUGGCUGUCCAACUGAGCAAAUCAUGUGUCUCAUGUGCAGGUGGCUAGUUUUCCUGUUUUUGCUAUUUAUCUAUUGGGUCUUGGGGGUUUUAAUUGUUUGUUUGCUCCUGUGCUUGCUCAACUAUGAUGAAACCAGGCAAAAAUGAAAAUCAUAGUGCUCUGGAAGAAGAGGACCUCAAUUUGUCUCAGUAUAUCACUUUGAGAGACUAUAACAUGAAGAAAAAAUUGAAUAGGGAUAAAAAUUAUACUAGAAUGUAUACUCUGCAAAUUUUAUGCCAUAUAAUGCUGUUUUCUAAAUUUUGUUUCUGGUGAAAUGUGACUCAGCUUAAAUGACCUUUUCUUAAUUGAAGCUUUUUUUUUUUUUGACUUCUGUAGUAAAGAGUUUGGAAAGAUCUAUAGUUCUGAGGGAAGUUUGCAACCCGGAGAUAUGAAGAAGUCUCAAUAGUAAUCUUAUUCAUGUGCUCUUAAAGCCAGCUAUAGUUUAAAAUUAUAUCAGUUAUGGAAACUUGUGUAUGUCUGUGUAUGUGUAUAUACUAAAUAAAAAUACAUGUGCCUCCCUUAAUGCAGUGCCACUGAUCUUGAUGAAUAUCAAGGUGAAAAUCCCUUUUAUGACAAGCACACAGAAAAGAUAGCAUGGUCUGAUUUUCAAAAUAUGCCUUGCCAUUUUUCUUAGAGCUUUAUUUUGCUAAAUGUCCCAUUUGUUGUGAUCUGUUGUACCUCAUAGCACCAUUUUCACUGUGGUAAUGCCUCAUUUGCAUGAUGUAUACAUUCUGUCUAAAUGUGAAAUACAUUUUCAUUGAA